AUGUCAAUUGAAUAUGAAAAGAACGAAUGAUACACGGAUUUUUCACGACUUCAUGAUCAGUUUUCUCACUUCCCUGAUAUAAAUGUGGUGGUUAGGCAAAGUUGGGACAAUGAUUAACUAUAUUAUUCUAAGUUAAGGUGUACUGUUCCUGUUUCUUAUUACUUAAUGCUUGUUGGGGAUCAGGUUUUUCCACAGUAGGUUAAACUGAGCGUAAAAGGGAAGGGCACUCUACAUCUGUAGAGUGCCAUCUGUGAUGAAUGAAUGAACACAUUUUUUAUAUUUUCAUAUUUUAAAUGAGGUAGAAUGAGUAAGUCCCUUUUUAACGAUUUUAACAUAGGUGUUAUGCAGACUAUUCUCUUAGUACAUGUCAACACAUUUUUGGCUUUUCCUGUAUCAUUCCAUGUCAUUUAGUCUCUACUGACUAAUAUUGUGCGGUGACAGGGUGUCAUUUUACAUGCAAAUGAGAGAGAUAUGUAAGAGAAAGAAAAAAUGUUAUGUUAAGGUUGAUGGACCAGUCAAACAUUCAGCCAAGAGACCGCUGCUUGUGUCUGAUGUGAAACCAAAAGUCUAUGCCUACUUGUAAAAAUAAAAAAAAUAACAAUGUUCCUCGAGUUUACUUAACAUAUUCUAAGCUUCCUUUAUAAAGUAAUUUUUCAGCUCUCUUAUUGUAAUUCUUGUAAUAAUCCCUGUAGUAAUAACAGGGUGUGUUUGCUUUGUUCUGCCUCAGGUUGGGCAUCGAUCUCAUCGGUGGCUGGAUGGCAAAAGAAUUAAGAAGGAAGUUCUUCUUACUCUUCGUUGCUACCUUCAUCUUACUUAUUUACUUCAUCACUGUGAGAACACCUAGGAUAUACAGGUCCAUCCCAAAGCUGCGAUGGGCUGCAAAGAUUUGCCCUUUAUGCGUCUCUGAGGAGACCAUCACCCCCCUCAACAAUACCAAGCACUUACUAGUGUCAGCCUUCAUGGACCAGAGAGUGAAUGGCUUUGAUAUACGCAUCAUUGGGAUAUUUAGGAGAGACUCCAUCCAACCUCUUUACUGUCUUUUCUGCUGUGAGGGCCACUUAUCAACUACAACUCCAACAAAUAUUUUACAACACUCAGACAACUUUGGUUUUCCCUUCGUCACUACGGAUGUCAUGUGUCAGAUUCCUCAAAACUGCAAUGCCACACAUGUUACUCUUCUGACUCAGACUGAGCCAGACAGGCAGAGGGUAUUUAACCAAACUUGGCUUCCUAUAAGAAACAAAAAGACUGAGGGGAACAAGGGGGGAAAGUUGCAGCUUAACUUCACAGUCUGCAUCUCCAACCUGUUUGGAGACUACAACAACGUGCUUCAGUAUGCACAGACCCUGGAGAUGUACAGAUUGCUGGGUGUGGACAGAGUGGUGAUCUAUAACACCAGCUGCGGCCCAGACCUCAACCACCUGUUGCAGAGCUACGUCCAGGAGGGCUUUGUGGAGAUGGUUCCUUGGCCCAUCGACAAGCAUCUGAAUCCAUCGAGUGGCUGGCUCUUCUCCAAGUAUGGAGGGGACGUGCACUAUUUUGGCCAGCUGGCCACUCUCAAUGAGUGCAUUUACAGAUCCAUGGACCGGUCCCGCUACGUCCUGCUGAACGACAUAGAUGAGAUUAUAAUGCCAUACCAACACAACAACUUGAUGUCUCUGAUGAACAUGCUCCAACAGCAGCAUCCAAAUAAGGGGGUGUUCCUCAUUGAGAACCACAUCUUUCCCAAGAAACCCUUUGAGGAAAGUAAAAGGGGGCCCCUGCCUCAAUGGAAAGGAGUGCCCGGCUUUAAUAUCCUGGAGCACAUCUACAGGGAGGAGCCCGACAGAAAGAUAUACCACCCCCACAAGUUGAUAAUUCAACCAAAGUCAGUGGAGCAGACCUCAGUACAUGAAGUGCUCAAGAUGUUUGGACAAGCAUUCAAGGUUCCACCGGACAUCUGUCGGAUCAUUCACAGCCCAAUCAGUACCCCGACACUACGGCCAGUGGAGCAGCUCCAUGUGGACACCCGACUGUGGGUCUUUAAAGACCAACUGUUGCCCGCUGUCACCAAGGUGCUGGGGAAAGUGGGGCUGCUGAGCUCAGAACCGUUCAAAGUGUGAUGGCUAGGGCCGUCGCCAUCUUGGCAGCAGGUUUGGGUAUCACAACACAGUGCCAAUAUGGUUCUAUACAACUGGUAUCUACCAGACUGAAUCACAAUGCUGAUGUUGAUGCCUCAUUACAUUACCUGAGCUGCCGUUACUCUGUGGUGUGGAUGUUACAGGCAACAGAGGCAUCAACACACGUCAUAUUGCUAGUAACAGAUACCACAACUCUUUCUCUACUUGGCUCUGGCAGCAGGUAGCCUACUGUUAGCCAGUAGCUACCUUGAACACAUUAAAAUGACGAACUAAACGGUCUUGAGUGUAGCUGGUUGGACGCAUAGUUAUAAACAGCAGCAAAUAUGAUCAUAUUUCUGCUGAAGAAUUGCUGAAAUUUUAAGCUGGGGUUAUUUAAGCCCAGUGUUGAUCAGAGAUUCAAGACGAGAUAAACAGGUUUUGGAACAUUGCAGGUAAAAGAGUUGCAGCAGUGUGGUUGUCUCAGGUCAACUCAAGCUGGCUGAUGGCGUUGUGUACACCUCAGCUUGUCAAAUCUUUAGUGGCUGGUUUUAGAAUGUAAAGCACGUCACCUGUUUCAACAGCCAAUCGGUUUUUUGCCAAGUCAGCUGGUUAAGUCGCUUAAAAGUCACUCUCAUUUUAUUUUUUCAUUGUUUCAUCAAAAAGAAUGCAACUGUAGCAAAUCACUAUUCUCAUUUUAUGUUUUAGGACGCUACAAAUGAUAUCCAGCUUCAAAAAAAGCUUGAAAAUCUAGCAGUUAGUUAGUACAGAGCUUCGUUGCUAUUGAGAAGAUGCAUUGUCUUGUCGUAUUGGUGUGAACUGGCAGGGUUUCAGUGUUGCACCAGUAGUUUAAGCCUGUCUCGUUGUGAAUCUUUUGUCUGAACUGGGCAUUAGUGCUAAAUGACUGUAGUUGUGUUAGGUUUUAUUUUUAAUAUGAAUUUGUUAAGUGUUUUAUGUA